CAUUUCUAUUCAUUUUUAUCAAUUUAACUUUGGUUUAAUUUACUCUUUUCGAUAAACGUUUAAUUGAACGAUCAAGACAAAAAAGCAAAGAUUUAGUCCUGAUUGGUCAAUUAAAUUUAUCUGUUGAAUAGGAUUUUUGGAACAUAGCCAUAGGCAGCGAUUUUUGGAACACAAUUUAGAGCUUAUCUGGAUUGAUUAUUUAUGUGAGUUGAUGAAUUACUUUAAUGUGAUUUUAGGUUAUUUCUAGCAAGGAAAAUAUUUCCUGAGUCUAUUCGUAAUUUAUUGUUUUCGUAAAUUUUACAUCAAAGGAAGGCAGAAUAUUACGUAGUAGUGUAAUGCGAUGGCAGAAUUAUUCGAUAUUGCGAAUCUGAUUACCGCCGUCGGCGUCGACGGUGUGAAGAUUAAGCAAGAACCCGGGUUGCCAGAGAAAUCAUCUAAUGAGAUCCUAACAGAACUCUUCAGCACUUUCGACGCGCCAGACGACGGCGUACCAUCGCCGUUGAAUAGUAACCAGCAGGUACAUAAUGGCGAUGCUGAAACUAAGCCAGAUAAAAUUCAAACAAAGAAAAAGAAAAAACAUAAACAUAAGGAGAAGAAGCAUAAAAAGAAAUCAAGACAUAAUUCCUCGGAUAGUAACAGUGAUGCAGAAGGUGGUAAGAAGAAGAAGAAGCAUAAGAAAAAGUCCAAACGGAGGCAUGAAUCUAUUUCCAGUAAGUCACCUGACUCGAGUCAUCCAAAAGUUAAAUUGGCAAGGAUGGGCAGUGAUGAUGAUCUUGCCAAAUAUGAUGUAAAGUCACUGGAUAUGCUAGAAAAGAUUGAUGUAAAUGAUGAGAAAAAACUGGAUGAUCAAUUUAAUACAAAAAAGGAAUCAGGUACAAUGGAUAAAAUAGAUGAUUCUGGUAGUCCUCGAUUACCACCUAUAUCAAAGAAGACAGAUGAUGAAUCUGAUGAGCCAGUGAUACCUAAACUUUUUGAAAAACCAAAGCAGCCUUCUCAAGGAAAAAUAUUGAUAAAAGAUCUGAAAAACAGUACAGUUUAUAAUGAAACAGUGAAAGCAAUAGAAAAUGAGCAAAAAGCAAAGGCUGCAAAGAUGGAAGAUGGCGAAUUAUCUGACAGCAGCAGUAGCAAUAAUAAUAGAACACCUACUCUGAGUCCUACUCCAUCUCGAGAUCGGUCAAUGUCGUUCAGUCCAAGUAGAGAAAGAACGAGAAGCAAAAUGUUUAGUCCAACAAGAAAACCGAUUGCUUCAAAGUCUGAUCUUAGAUUAGUUUUGAAGGAGAAGGAGAGAAAAAGAAGCACAAGAGACAAGAGUAGUCGUUCGCAAGAGAGAAGAUCAAGAUCGCGAACGCGAUACAGAAGCUCACACAGAAGUAGAAGUGGCGGGAGAGAAAAACAGAGGGGCAGGAGCAGAGAAAGGCAUGAAAGAAAUAGGAGUAAUGAAAGACGAGACUCGGGCAGGAACAGGGAAAAGCACAGAUACAGAAGCCGCAGUGAGAAUAAAGACAGAUAUACGCGAGGUAGAAGUGCGAGCAGAGAAAGAAAGGAGAGAAUAGAGAUUAACAAGAAGAAGCUUUUAGAAAUUGCAAGAAGGAAUGUUAUAAACAUGAUAAAACAAGGAACUCUAUCGGUAGCCCAACAAGACAAAGCUAUUGCUGCUAUACAGUCCGGUGGAAAAACAGUGGACGAACUUACAGAUUUUUGUAAAUCACUAUCCAAGUCUGAAGCGCUAGGUGAAUUAUCUAGUAUUUCUUCUGAGGAUGAAGAAAGCGAAUCUGAAAAGGGAUUUCAUCAUCCUUUUCUUUUAAAAGAAAGACCGAGUUCUAUCAUAAUGAAUAUUAGAGAUGCAAAGCAGCUGCCAACGAAAACAUUUCAAGAAAAAACAGCUGAAACAUCAAAUCAAUUGCGAUUACAGUUUCCAGUCUCCAGCGGACAGCAUCAUAGAAGAAGCGAAAAUGAAUGGGUACCUGUUACACCAAAAAAACCAGAACCAAAAAAGAUAUUUGUACCAGCUUCUACAAAUCCAUCAUCAGCUGUAACACCUCUUAUACAGCCACCAUACUCUAUACAGUCGAUGCAGCUUACACAACCUAUGCAACCUGUGCAACCUAUGCAACCUAUACAACCUGCACAACCUAUGCAACCUAUACAAUCUAUACAACCCGUGCAACCUAUGCAACCUGUGCAAUCUGUGCAAUCUGUACAAUCUGUGCAAUCUGUGCAACUUACGCAACCUACACAAACUGUUUUUCCAACAACGGAGACUAUGGAUAUUGGUUCCAUAGUAUCUGAAAGAUUAGCAGCCAUAAGAAAAUUAAGGGAAAAUCCGAAUGACAUAAGUGCUUUGAAUGCAAUGCAUCGGGCACAAAAUGAGAUGAAAAAUUGGGCUGAAAGUAAGCAGAUACCAGGUCAAUUUACUGGUAGUACAGGAGUUAAAGUGCUUACACCUGCAGAAUUAUCUUCAGGUUAUCAAGCCUGGGCCCGUAAGGAUCAGUUAGUAUCAGCACAACCUGUAUCAGGUGGGAUGGGAAUGGCAUUACUACAGAAGAUGGGUUGGCGACCUGGUGAGGGUCUAGGCAAGAACAAAGAAGGAGCUUUGGAACCAUUACAACUAGAAGUCAAAUUGGACAAGAGAGGACUAAUUUCCGAGCAGGAUAUUGCACAGAAGAUUGGCAAAGCUACUAAACCUACAGUACCAACUAUCAAAACAUUAGAAGGAAAACAUCCAGUAUCGCUUUUAGGAGAAUAUUGUUCAAAAAAGAAACUUGGAGCACCAGUUUAUGAAUUAUGCUUUGAAUGUGGACCCGAUCAUAGGAAGAAUUUCCUCUUCAAAGUAAAAGUAAAUGGCGUUGAAUAUAAGCCGAGUGUUGCAAGUUCGAAUAAAAAACAGGCAAAGGCAGAAGCAGCGCAGAUAUGUCUACAGAAUUUAGGUUUAUUGCCUCCUUAAUUUCGUAUAAAGAAAUUUUUUAAUCUCGCGUAACAGUAUUCUUGUUCAGAAAAAUAAAAUAUUGAUGCCAUAAAAGUAGCUUAUAUACGAAAGCAACACAUUAUGAAAACACAACAAGAUUAAUGCAGCUAAGUUCUUAAUUGAUUAUGCAAAUUAAUUUAACUUACAUUAGUGCAAUAAAAUAUACAGCUAUAUAUGCAAAUAGUUACACAAAUGCGUCACAAUAAGUAUAUAAGCCAUCUUAGAACACUCAGUUGCUUAAAGAAUUUGAUAUCAAA